GCCUGAAAUUUAUAUGCAAGGAAAGUCAAACACAAAGGUGAUCAAGCAGAAUAGAUACAUAGCCCAAGCAUCGAUCCCCCAAAUUGUGGUAUACUCUAUAACAUACAAGGUGUGCUCUGUUACUCUGUCCUCAUGGGUUCUACAGAUGGAAUUGUAGUAUUAUCUUACAUGAAGCUGGUGGUUCUGGUGUGGAGCUUAGCAUCAACCACUGCCGUGGUGUCAUCCGCAGCCCCUCCUUCCUCUCCCUCCACCUCCACCCUUGCACACUGCCCCAAAACAUGUGGGGAUGUGAGCAUCAGUUACCCUUUCGGCGUCGGGCCAGGCUGCUUCCGGCGAGGAGGAGGCUUUGAGCUCAUCUGCGACACCGCUACCCAGCCUCCGAAGCUCUUCCUCGGCAACACCACCACCCGGGUAACCGGCCUCUUCCCUUCAGGGACCGUCCUUGCCUCCAUCGUGCAAAUCAUCCCCAUGGUUCCGGGUAUCAGCACCUACAACCUGUCCUGGGACUCUCCAGGGAAGAACCUCAACAUCAUGACCUACAACUACCUGGCUUUCCUCGGCUGCGGCUUCGGGGUCUAUUUGUUCGAUCCAGACACCGGUGGCGUCAUCGGCCAUUGCACCGUCAAGUGCGCCCCCAUGGCCACCAUGCUCUUGGCCACAGAAGGUGGGAUCUGCAACGGCAUGGGCUGCUGCACCGUCACGUUCCCCGUGCCGUUCCGAGGCUUUAGGGUGACCAUCGUCAAGGACGAAGAGACGGUAGUACCGCCGCCGUUUGCUAACAUCACCACCAUCAAGGCCUUCUUGACAUUGUACUCAUAUAAGUUCAGCAUUGCCGACCUGUUGUCCGAUAAGAUAAACGCGAAUACUGUCGGUGCUUCCUCGGCAUACCUCUCGACCGUGAUCACGGAUAAGCCCAAUUGUGCGAAGGCUUUAUUGGAUGAUAAGACGAGUUAUGCCUGCAGCAGUAGCAAUUGUGUGGAUGUGGCAAAUGGAGGAUACUCCUGUUCCUGCUCUGGUACAUCUGAUGAUGGCAAUCCCUACCUUCUUGAUGAUUGCAAACAAGAGUAUAACCCUACCCCAAAAGUGAACUGUUCUAGAUCAUGUGGCAGCACAAACAUUCCUUUCCCGUUUGGGCUUGAAUCAGGUUGUUAUGCUAGAAGGAGAUUUCAAAUGAAUUGCGCGUCCAACCGCCUUCUUAUCGGAAGGCCACCUGUAAAGUACGAAGUGACAAAUAUUUCAUUAGACGAUGGGCUCUUGUAUGUCAACAAGCUUUCGGAAUUCAACGACGCAAACACGAAGUUCCUAUCAGUAUACUAUGGUGCAUCUGGAUAUUUUGGUCAGCAAUUGGUAUAUGGAUUGGAUAAGUCUGAUUUGUCUGAGGAGUAUGGUGUUUGGAGGUGGUCUGCGACCAAUCUUACAUGCAAAAAUGCAAAGAACAAGAGUUCAUAUGCAUGCCGUAGCACAAACAGCGAGUGCCUCGGUGUCACACAUGGGAAGGUCUAUAUUGGUUAUCGUUGCAAGUGCUCUUCUGGCUUUGAAGGAAACCCUUAUGUCCAAAAUGGAUGCACAGAUAUUGAUGAGUGUCAGAUACCCAAUAAAUGCAAUGGGAAGUGCUAUAAUUUGAAAGGAAGCUACCAUUGCUGUCCUCAAGCCAUGUCUUUUGACACAAUAAGAAAUCAGUGCACUAUAAAUAAGCGGCAAAAUCUUCUUUUGGGAGUUGCUACUGGGAUUGGCAGCGGUUUAGGGGUUCUAGCUCUAGCAUUAAUUGCGGUUGUACUAGUGAGAAGAUGGAAGAGAAGCACCCAAAAGAAAAUUCGAAGGGCGUUCUUCAGAAAAAACAAAGGCCUACUCUUGGAGCAGCUGAUCUCAUCCACCAGUGGAGGAAGUGUCACUCAUAGCACAAGGAUAUUCUCCCUGGACGAGCUAGAGAAAGCAACCAACAACUUCGACUCGACGCGAAUCCUCGGGCAUGGAGGGCACGGCACGGUUUACAAGGGGAUCCUAUCCGACCAGCGAGUCGUGGCAAUCAAGAGGUCCAAGAUGGUGGAGCAGAGCGAGAUCGACCAGUUUGUCAAUGAGGUCUCCAUUCUGUCCCAGGUCAUCCAUCGCAACGUCGUGAAACUCUUCGGCUGUUGCCUCGAGUCCGAGGUGCCCCUUCUCGUGUACGAGUUCAUCUCCAAUGGCACGCUCCAUGACCUUCUCCAUGGCGGCGAUCCGUGCGCAAAAUGCUUGCUAACAUGGGACGAUCGUACCAGGAUUGCCCUAGAGGCUGCAGGGGCACUUGCCUACCUCCACUCCUCUGCUGCAAUGCCAAUCUUCCAUAGAGAUGUGAAAUCAACCAACAUACUCUUGGAUGACACAUUUGCCACGAAGGUCUCAGAUUUUGGCGCUUCCAGGUCCAUUUCCAUCGACCAGACUCAUGUGGUCACGAUUGUACAGGGCACGUUCGGGUACUUGGAUCCAGAAUAUUACUAUACCGGACAGUUAACCGAGAAGAGCGACGUAUACAGCUUCGGCGUGAUACUCGUCGAGCUCCUAACACGCAAGAAGCCGAUUUUCCUCGACUCAUUUGGCGACAAGCAGAACCUGUGCCAUUACUUCCUCCGAGGGCUAAGAGAUGACACUGUGAUGGAUAUAAUUGAUGCUCAAAUCGUAGAAGAAGCUGUCCGAAGCGAGAUCGACGAGAUUGUGUCGGUCGCGGAGGCGUGCCUGAGGACUAAAGGGGAGAAGAGACCUAAAAUGAAAGAAGUGGAGUUGAGGCUGCAGAUGCUCAGAGCUAGGAGACCUAGUAGAACAUGCAAAGAGGAGUUGGGAAGGGGCAGCGAGACCAAGCCAUUGUUGCCAACUCCGGCAAAGUCCAAGUCUGCUUCUCUGUCCACGGCAAAGAAUGUGGUUGAGCUUGGCGCUAAUCCGGCUUCUCAGGCUCUCUCCAGGUGCUAUUCCAUGGAGCAGGAUAUGAUAUCUUCAGCAGAAUUUCCUCGUUGAUUUUAGAAUCUGUUGGGAAGAGGAUUCUACGGGUGCUUUAUUUCAUUACUUAGAUUGUAAUAGUUUAGUUUUAACUUCAACAUACCACUUCAGUCCAUGUAACUAGUGAUUAGGUGGUGUUGAUAGGUAGAAGAAUGUGUACACAAGAAGAAAAAAAGAAUUCAGUGUAAAAAUGUGAUUUCAUUUUUGACCCCUCAAAUUUUAGUAGCCAGGAAUCUGUGUAACAAAAAGGUUUACUCAACUUAAUUUGUAGGAUUUGCAUGCGUGGGAUGGGCUCUCCAGGAAUCCACAUAUACAGUCUAAAAGUGUGUGAUGAAUUAUUCUCCACAAAUAGUGUUGUGUGAACCAUUGUAUGUUUCACCUAAAAAAGGCUAAAAUAAGUACUGUAUUCUAUUUGUUAUAAAUGUUUUGAUGUCCUUUUCUGGACAUACAUA